CGUCCGCUCGCUUUCGUUUCACUGCGAGGUGGAAGGAGCACCGAGUGCGGGGGAGGGUCUGGGUUACUCCUCCUUCACGCAGCUGCUGCCUGUUCCUCAGCGUCGGAAGGACGGAGUGCUGCAGGCUACCCCAGCCAGGCGGAUCCACGCUACCGGCGAGCUGAGAGUAGCGCCGAACGGUUGGAAUGCCAGCCGGAGCUGCAGCCUCGCUGUGAGUGAGGCGCGAAGAGAGGCACCUGGGAGGCCUCCGGCGGUUCGCGGACUGAUGACACCUGACUGACAGGUCAUGGCCCUGAUGAUUCCUCCAGUGAAGCUCAAAUGGCUGGAGCACCUCAACAGCUCAUGGAUCACGGAGGACAGCGAGUCCAUUGCUACCAGGGAGGGAGUCUCCGUGCUCUACUCCAAGUUGGUGGCCAACAAAGAAGUGGUGCUCCUACCUCAGCAGGUGCUUUGCCUCAAGGGCCCCCAGCUGCCUGUCUUUGAACGCGAGUCCCUUUCCAGCGAUGAGCAGGAACAUUACUUGGACGCCCUCCUCAGUAGCCAGCUGGCCCUGGCCAAGACUGUGUGCUCAGACUCGCCCUUUGCAGCAGCCCUACGCAAGCGGUUGUUAGUGCUGCAGCGCAUCUUCUAUGCGCUCUCCAAUAAGUACCACGACAAAGGCAAGGUGAAGCAACAGCAGCACUCGCCAGAGAACAGCUCAGGCUCAGCAGACCCACACUCAGUGAGUGAACGACCACGGUCCAGCACUGAUGCGCUCAUCGAGAUGGGUGUGCGCACGGGCCUCAGCCUCCUCUUUGCGCUCCUACGUCAAAGUUGGAUGACUCCACCCCCUGGGCCUGGCCUCAACCUUUGCAACGAUGUCAUACAUACUGCCAUAGAUGUCGUCAGCUCCUUGCCACCACUGUCACUAGCCAAUGAGAGCAAGAUCCCUCCUAUGGGUCUGGACUGUCUGGCCCAAGUGACCACCUUCCUGAAAGGUGUAACCAUGCCAAAUUCGGGGGCGGAUAUCUUGGGCCGUAGGCUGGCUUCAGAGUUGCUGCUGGGACUGGCUGCUCAGAGGGGCUCACUGCGGUACCUGCUGGAGUGGAUAGAAAUGGCACUGGCGGCCUCCGCUCUAGUCAGCACCAUGGAGAAAAGCAAAGUGUCUCUGAACCAGGAGGGGCUUAUUGGAUAUGACUGCUUCAUGAAUAUCUUGCUGCAGAUGCGACGUUCUUUGGGGUCAUCAGCAGACCGCAGUCAUUGGAGGGAGCCCACACGGACAUCAGAUGGGCUGUGCUCUCUGUAUGAAGCUGCACUGUGUCUGUUUGAAGAGGUGUGCAGAAUGGCAUCGGAUUACUCCAGAACUUGUGCGAGUCCAGACAGCAUCCAGACUGGAGAAGCGCCCAUCGUGUCAGAAACAUGCGAGGUGUAUGUGUGGGGCAGUAACAGCAGCCAUCAGCUGGUGGAGGGCACUCAGGAAAAAAUACUGCAGCCCAAACUGGCUCCCAGCUUCGCAGAUGCACAGACGAUCGAAGCUGGGCAGUACUGCACAUUCGUCAUCUCCUCCGAUGGGUCAGUGCGAGCCUGCGGGAAAGGGAGUUACGGUCGGCUGGGACUGGGGGACUCCAACAACCAGUCCACACUGAAGAAGCUGACCUUUGAACCUCACCGCGCCAUUAAGAAGGUGUCCUCCUCCAAGGGCUCGGAUGGCCACACCCUGGCCUUCACCACCGAGGGUGAGGUGUUCAGUUGGGGUGAUGGAGACUAUGGAAAACUGGGCCAUGGGAACAGCUCCACACAGAAGUACCCCAAACUCAUCCAGGGCCCACUUCAGGGAAAGGUGGUGGUCUGUGUUUCUGCUGGAUACCGACACAGCGCAGCCGUCAGCGAGGAUGGAGAGCUCUACACCUGGGGGGAAGGAGAUUUUGGGAGGCUAGGUCAUGGUGACAGCAACAGCAGGAACAUUCCUACCCUGGUGAAAGACAUCAGCAAUGUCGGUGAGGUGUCAUGUGGAAGUUCCCACACAAUAGCUUUGUCUAAAGAUGGCCGCACAGUUUGGUCUUUUGGAGGAGGAGACAAUGGAAAGCUGGGACAUGGGGAUACAAAUAGGGUGUACAAACCCAAAGUUGUAGAGGCGUUGCAGGGCAUGUUCAUACGGAAAGUUUGCGCAGGAAGCCAAUCAUCUCUGGCCCUCACAUCCACGGGACAGGUCUAUGCAUGGGGCUGCGGGGCCUGUCUGGGCUGUGGCUCCUCUGAGGCCACUGCUCUCAGACCAAAGCUGAUAGAGGAGCUGGCCACAACGAGAGUGGUGGACAUCUCCAUUGGGGACAGCCACUGUCUUGCCUUGUCUCAUGACAAUGAGGUGUAUGCCUGGGGUAAUAACUCAAUGGGCCAGUGUGGGCAGGGCAAUUCCACUGGCCCCAUUACAAAACCUAAGAAGGUCAUUGGCCUGGAUGGUGUGGCAAUCCAGCAAAUCUCUGCUGGCACAUCCCACAGCCUGGCCUGGACUGCUUUACCCAGAGACAGGCAAGUUGUCGCUUGGCACCGGCCUUAUUGUGUGGAUUUGGAAGAAAGCACUUUCUCACAUCUGCGUUCUUUUCUGGAGCGGUACUGUGACGGGAUCAACAGUGAAGUGCCACCCUUACCUUUCCCUUCAUCACGCGAGCAUCACAACUUCCUCAAAUUGUGUCUCAAGCUCUUGUCCAACCACUUGGCUCUGGCACUUGCGGGUGGUGUAGCCACCAGCAUUCUAGGCCGCCAAGCCCGGCCGCUGAGGAACCUUUUAUUUCGCCUGAUGGACUCUUCUGUGCCUGAUGAAAUCCAGGAGACUGUGAUAGAGACUCUGUCGGUGGGAGCGACAAUGCUGCUGCCCCCACUUCGGGAACGCAUGGAGCUGCUGCAUUCGCUUCUUCCCCAGGGGCCUGACCGAUGGGAGAGCUUGUCCAAAGGACAGAGGAUGCAGUUGGACAUUAUCCUGACCAGUUUGCAAGACCACACCCACGUGGCAUCGCUGCUGGGUUACAGCUCGCCCCAGGAUGCCCCAGAAGCGACCUCCUCGGGCUUGACUUUCGGCCUGACUGUAGACCCCUCCUAUGGCUCAUCUGGUAGCCACCCUGACACGCACCUGGCAGAGAUUCUAAUGAAGACUCUGCUGAGGAAUCUGGGCUUCUAUACGGAUCAGGCAUUUGGAGAACUGGAGAAGAACAGUGACAAGCUACUGCAAGGCACCUCCUCGUCAGACAGCAGCCAACCGGCCCACCUGCACCAGCUGCUGUGCUCCCUGCAGAAACAGCUUCUGGCGUACUGUCACAUGAACAGUGUCUCCGAAAACUCCAGCAGUGUGUCACUGCUGCACAAACACCUGCAGCUGCUGCUCCCUCACGCAACAGAUAUCUUCUCUCGCUCAGCCACCCUGCUAAAGGAGAGCUCCUGGAAUGGCAGUGUGAGGGAAAAGCUGAGGGAUGUCAUCUAUGUGUCAGCGGCGGGCAGUAUGCUGUGUCAGAUCAUCAACUCACUGCUGCUCCUGCCCGUGUCUGUGGCGCGUCCUCUGCUGAGCUACCUGCUGGAUCUCCUGCCGCCACUGGACCGACUGAACAGGCUUCUCCCCGCCGCUGCCCUGCUGGAGGACCAGGAGCUCCAGUGGCCUCUGCAUGGCACCCACGACUCGGUGGACCCUGCAGGUAUGCCCCUGCCACAGCCAGCCCAAUCCUGGGUAUGGCUAGUGGACCUGGAGCGUACAGUGGCCUUGCUGGUGGGUCGCUGUCUGGGUGGCAUGCUGCAGGGAGCCGCCACAUCUCUGGAGGAGCAGGACAUGGCCUACUGGCUAAAAACGCCACUCUUUAGCAAUGGCCUUGAAAUGGAUGUCCCCCAACUGGAUAACUGCAUCAGCUCUCUGCUAGAAGUGGCGCUGUCUGGGAAUGAGGAGCAGAAACCAUUUGAAUGUGCCUUGUGUCCUGACAUGGCCAUGCUUGUAGACUUGGCCUUGGGCUCUACCAAAGAACCAACCAAUAGCUUGUGGAUCAACAUGCAGGAUUAUGCCAUUAGCAAAGACUGGGAUAACACCAACCUCAGCAAUGAGUCCCUCCUAGACAUGGUUUCGAGAUUUGUCCUGGCAGCUCUGCUGAAGCACACUGGCUUACUGAGCCAGGCUUGUGGCGAGGGAAGAUACCAGCCCUGUAAGGCUCUGGCUGAGGUGUACCGGAGCGUGUACAAGGUCCGCAACCGAUUGCUGGCAUGUAAAAACAUGGAGCUCAUCCAGACACAGGCAUCUUCUCGGGACAGGCGGAUCUCUGACAACCAGGACUCCCUGGAGAUGGACCCGCAGGAGCAUUCCUUCACACGCACCAUUGAUGAGGAGGCAGAGCUGGAGGAGCAGGCAGACCGGGAGCGUGAAGAGGGACAUCAGGAACAGGAUGAUGAGGAGGAUGAGCGGGAACAUGAGGUCAUGACAGCUGGGAAAAUCUUUCAAUGUUUCCUCUCAGCGCGGGAAGCGGCACGCAGCCGCGAGCGGGAGCGGGCCAGCAGCGGGGGAGGCCUGGUCUUGGCAUCUGCCCCCCGGGGAGAAGAGGACCGCCCCCAGCCACAGCAGGAGCGCUGCAACAGCACAGGCCUCCCUGAAGGUCAGGACCUGUACACAGCAGCCUGCAACUCGGUGAUCCACCGCUGUGCCCUGCUGGUUUUGGGAGUGAGCCCUGCACUGUGUGACCAGAAGGAGGGUCCUGUCCCAACACCCGGAGGCACCUCCCAGGAGGCGGCUGGCUUCAUGACCAGGAGUGAGAGCUUGACUGCUGAGAGCCGGUCUGUGCAGGCUAGUCCAAGCUUCAGGCUGAUAAAAUCCAGAAGUGAGUCCGACCUGUCACAGCCUGAGUCUGAUGAGGAAGGUUAUACUCUGAGUGGAAGAAGAAAUGUUGACUCGGACUUGACCUUUUCUCACAAAAAGAGAGGAUUGCUGCACAGCUCUCCUGAUGCCCUAGCUGACUCCUGGGUCCGGAUCAAGCACAGCAGAGACCGCCUUUAUACCCCUGCCAGCUCCUAUGAGGAUUCAGACCUUGACCUGAGCAAGUCACUGGGAGUCCAUGCCCUGAUAGAGAACAUUGUGAAUUUUGUGAGCGGCGACAUCGGCAGCACGCCUGCCUUCAAGGAGCCCGAGGAGAGCAGGUCUACUAGCCCACAGGGCACCGUUGUUGCCAUGGAGCAGCAGCAGGGAAGGGCUGAGUUGCGUCUGGAGGCCUUGCAUCAAAUUGUGGUGCUUAUAUCCGGCAUGGAGGAGAAGGGCAGCCAGCCCACUGGUGCUAGCUGUCUCAGUGCACCUUUCCACUCCUCCUCUCUACUCACCUCCGUCAGAUUGCAGUUCCUGGCUGGCUGCUUUGGCCUCGGCAGCGUGGGAACUGGUGGCACCAAAGGGGAGAGCGUCCAGCUCCAUCACUACCAGGAUGGCAUAAGAGCUGCAAAGAGGAACAUCCAAAUGGACAUCCAAACAGCAGUGCACAAGAUCUACCAACAGUUGUCUCUCACGUUAGAGAGAGCUCUACAGGCCAACAAACACCACAUAGAAUCCCAACAGCGCCUCCUCCUGGUGACAGUGUUUGCACUGAGUGUGCGCUACCAGCCGGUGGAUGUGUCCCUGGCCAUCUCCAGCGGGCUCCUCAAUGUGCUCUCCCAGCUGUGUGGCACAGAGACCAUGCUGGGUCAGCCACUGCAGCUUCUUCAGAAGCCUGGAGUGUCUCAGCUCAGUACAGCCCUCAAAGUGGCCAGCACCCGCCUGCUGCAGAUUCUGGCCAUCAGUACCGGGACGUAUGCUGACAAGCUGAGCCCCAAAGUAGUGCAGUCCCUCCUGGACCUGCUCUGCAGCCAACUGAAGAACCUGCUCUCUCGGGCUGGUGUGAGCCUGCUGCCUGGGGACAAGGACCAGGAAGAGAAGAAGUCUGAGGAAAGUUCUGAUUCUGAAAAGAAAGACUUUAGAGCUCUGCUCCGCAAACAGCACACAGCAGAGCUGCACCUGGGAGACUUCCUCGUGUUUCUGCGACGAGUUGUUUCUUCCAAAGCCAUACAGUCCAAAAUGGCUUCGCCAAAGUGGACUGAAGUGCUGCUCAACAUUGCGGCACAGAAGUACUGUUCAGGUGUCCCUCUGGUGGGCAACUUGAGGACAAGACUGCUCGCUCUUCAUGUGCUGGAAGCAGUGCUUCCUGCCUGCGAGUCUAGUGUUGAGGAUGACCAGAUGGCACAGGUUGUGGAGCGAUUAUUCUCCUUGCUCUCUGACUGCAUGUGGGAAGCACCAAUUGCUCAAGCAAAACAUGCCCUCCAAGUAAAAGAGAAAGAACAAGAACUGAAACUGCAGGGCGAAGUAGAGGAGGAUGACGAGAACUUGCCCAUCCAGGAAGUGUCUUUUGACCCAGAGAAAGCACAGUGCUGCGUAGUGGAGAAUGGCCAAGGCCUGACGCAUGGCAGUGGGGGCAAGGGCUACGGCCUGGCCUCCACCGGAAUUUCCUCGGGUUGCUACCAAUGGAAGUUCUACAUUGUGAAGGAGAACAGAGGGAAUGAGGGCACCUGCGUAGGGGUGUCCCGCUGGCCUGUGCACGACUUCAACCACCGCACCACGUCCGACAUGUGGUUGUACCGAGCUUACAGCGGGAACCUGUACCACAACGGUGAGCACAUACUCACGCUGUCCAGCUUCACACAGGGAGACCACAUCACCUGCGUGCUUGACAUGGAGGCCAGGACCAUCUCCUUCGGCAAGAACGGAGAGGAGCCCAAAUUAGCUUUUGAAGACGUGGACGCCACAGAGCUGUACCCAUGUGUAAUGUUCUACAGCAGCAAUCCAGGUGAAAAGGUAAAGAUCUGUGACAUGCAGAUGCGAGGUAUCCCCCGAGACCUGCUUCCUGGGGACCCCAUCUGCAGCCCAGUGGCCACGGUGCUCGCGGAGGCCACCACCCAAUUGAUCCGCAUCCUGCACCGCACCGAACGCUGGACCCACCACAUUAACAAAAACAUGAUGCAGCGACUGCAUAAGAUCAAGCCCUGCUUCCGUGAUGCUGGCAGUGGACAGAGGCUAAAGAAGAGCCGUUCCGUGCAGAGCCGCGAAGAGCAUGAUGCCCGUGAGGAGCCGCGAGAUGAAGACCGGGGACGCCAUGCCAGGCAUGGCCUUGGGGACCUCUCAGAGGCACAGCUCAGGACGCUGUGCACUGAUGUGUGGCCAGUGCUGGCAGUGAUUGGUGGGGCUGACACUGGCUUGCGUGUUGGGGGUCGCUGCGUCCACAAGCAGACGGGUCGCCAUGCCACACUGCUAGGUGUGGUAAAGGAGGGCAGCACAUCAGCCAAGGUGCAGUGGGAUGAGGCAGAGGUCACCAUCAGCUUCCCAACUUUUUGGUCGCCUAGUGACACCCCGCUACACAAUUUGGAGCCAUGCGAGCCGCUGCCCUUUGACGUGUCGCGCUUCCGGGGCCUGACAGCCUCCCUGCUGCUGGACCUCACCUACCUCGCCAGCAUCCACGAGGACACAGGCAAGCAGAGCACACGCCGCCAUGAGAAGAGGCACCGCCAUGAGUCAGAGGACAAGGCAGAGGCCGAGACAGAACGGCCCAGGGAGGCCUGCGACCUCCGUAUCUCGCACAGCCUGGACGAGGUAAAGGCCCACAUGGCCACCACCUCCAAGUCUGAGGGUGAAGUCGCCUCCUUGGGGCUGGAGGCCCAGCAGAGCUCUGCAGAGGGCAAACGGAAGGUGCACGAACACAGCAGCCGCAGUCAUGAAUUGGCACAGUCAGAGAUGCAUGCUGUGCAGCUCUCCUACCUCUACCUGGGAGCCAUGAAGACACUGAGUGCCUUACUCAGCUGCAGCAAAUAUGCCGAGCUGCUGCUCAUUCCUAAGGUGCUGACGGAGAGUGGCCACAAUGCCGACUGCGCCAGCUCACCUGUCUUCCAGGAGGAGGUAGAGAUGAGAGCCGCCCUGCAGUUCCUCAUGCGCCACAUGGUAAAGCGGGCUGUCAUGCGCUCACCCAUCAAGCGAGCACUGGGGCUCGCAGAUCUGGAGAGAGCCCAGGCUGUGAUCUACAAGCUGGUGGUCAGUAGCCUCCUGGAAGACCAGUUUGGCGGAAAAGUCAAGCCUGAAGUGGACACUGAAGCAGAGGAGGCGGAGGGUGGACAGCAAGCCCAGACCCCUGUGACCACCAGCCCCUCAGCAUCCAGCACCACGUCCUUCAUGAGCAGCUCUCUAGAGGACACCACCACAGCCACCACGCCUGUCACUGACACAGAGACUGUGCCUGCUUCAGAGUCACCUGGUGUCAUGCCCCUCAGCUUGCUCAGGCAAAUGUUCUCCAGUUACCCUACUACCACGCUGCUGCCAACACGUCGGGCACAAACCCCACCUGUGUCCUCUCUCCCAACAUCCCCCUCUGAUGAGGUGGGCCGAAGACAGAGCCUGACAUCUCCAGAUUCCCAGCCUACAAGGCCUACCAAUCGCACAGCCCUGUCAGACCCCAGCAGCAGGCUGUCCACUUCUCCUCCCCCACCUGCCAUUGCUGUUCCACUGCUGGAAAUGGGCUUCUCAUUGCGUCAGAUCACCAAGGCCCUUGAGGCCACAGGAGCCCGAGGAGAAGCCGACGCCCAAAACAUCACUGUGCUGGCCAUGUGGAUGAUUGAACACCCAGGUGCAGAGGAUGAGGAGGAGUCACGCUCCGGUGGGGGAGCAGAAUCUUGUCCCGGGGCCACAGCUUCUUCUGGAGGGGGCAAGUCCUUGGAGAGGAACUAUCCCCCAUCUCCUGGUGACAUCCCCAAUGCAGAUGCUGCAGAGAUGGAGGAGGGCUUCAGUGAGAGUCCUGAUUGCUUAGACCAGGAGAGUGCCUCUGCCUCCAGUGGCCCUGCCCCCAGGGGGCGGUCCAACGUCAGCAGGAAGCACCGCUUUGACCUGGCUGCACGGACUCUGCUGGCGCGGGCUGCAGGGCUGUAUCGCUCGGUCCAGGCACACCGCAACCAGAGUAGGCGUGAUGGCACCACCCUUCAGCAGGACCCCGGUACACUCUAUGACUUCAACCUGGAUGAAGAGUUGGAGAUUGACCUAGAUGAAGAGACCAUGGAGGCCAUGUUUGGCCAGGACCUGGCCAGCGAUACAGACAUUCUGGGAAUGUGGAUCCCGGAGGUAUUGGACUGGCCAACAUGGCACGUGUGUGAAAGUGAGGACCGUGACGAAGUGGUGUGUGAGCUGUGUGAGGCCAGCGUGGCCAACUUCAACCAUCACAUGAAGAAGAACCACCCAGGCUGCGGGCGCAGUGCCAACCGUCAGGGCUAUCGCAGCAAUGGCUCCUACGUGGACGGCUGGUUUGGUGGAGAGUGUGGCAGCGGUAGCCCCUACUACCUACUUUGUGGCAGCUGCAGGGAGAAAUACUUGACUGUUAAGAGCAAGUCAAAGGUACCUGUGUUGGAGAGGUACAAAGGACAAGCCCCAGACCUUCUUGGGAAGCAGGACAGUGUUUAUGAAGAGGAUUGGGACAUGCUGGAUGUGGACGAGGAUGAGAAGCUCACAGGGGAGGAGGAGUUUGAACUGUUGGCUGGACCACUGGGCUUGAGUGAGCGCCGGGUGGUACCGGAACCUGUGGAUUUCUUAGACAAUGACCCGCUUGGGGCCUCCGUUGCCAUGGUUACUGCCACCAACAGUAUGGAGGAGACCCUGCUGCAGAUAGGCUGCCAUGGCUCGGUAGAGAAGAGCUCGUCUGGCAGAGUGACACUGGGGGAGCAGGCGGCAACACUGCUGACCCCCCAUGACCGUGUGAUGGCCCUCAGACGAGUGACAGCUGCAGCACAGGUGCUGCUGGCCAGGACCAUGGUGAUGAGGGCCCUAUCUCUGCUUUCUGUCAGUGGGUCUAGUUGCAGUCUGGCAGCUGGUCUGGAGUCACUGGGUCUGACUGACAUCAGGACCCUAGUGCGCCUCAUGUGCUUGGCUGCUGCUGGGAGAGCUGGCCUCUCCACCAGCCCAUCUGCUGGCCCAGGGUCUGUAGAGCGACCACGUGGUGCCACCAAGGCCAGCAAGCCCAUCUCCUGUCUUGCUUACCUCAGCACCGCUGUGGGCUGCCUGGCCUCCAACAGCCCAAAUGCAGCCAAGCUGCUUGUCCAGCUUUGUACACAGAAUCUGAUUUCUGCUGCGACUGGUAUGAACCUCACCACAGUUGAUGAUCCCAUUCAAAGGAAGUUUUUGCCCAGUUUCCUCCGAGGAGUUGCAGAGGAGAACAAACUGGUGAACUCCCCCAACUUCGUCGUCACCCAGGCCCUGGUAGCUCUGCUGGCAGACAAGGGCACAAAGCUCAGACCCAACUGUGACAAGGCUGACAUGGAGAAAAGAGGUGUUUUUGCGACUUUGUAUGCUCCUGCUUCAUGUCGCCCUUCCGCUGUAGGGCCGCUGGAGCUGGCCAACGCACUGGCGGCAUGCUGCUUGUCUUCACGGCUCUCCUCUCAGCACCGGCAGUGGGCUGCACAGCAGCUUGUACGCACGCUCGCCGCACACGACCGCGACAACCAGAGCCGGCCACAGACCUUUGCCGACAUGGCGGGGGAUCUGCGCAAAUGCUCCUUCGUCAAACUGGAGGCUCAUCAGGGCAGGGUUAUAACUCUGGGCUGGUGUGGUAAGAAAGGUUUGCUGGCCACCAGUGGUAAUGAUGGCACUGUACGAGUCUGGAAUGUAACGAAAAACCAGUACACCCUUCAACAAACCUGUGUCUUCAAUAAAGCGGACAGCUUGCCAGAGGAGGGUCUGAGUAGCCUGGGCUCUCCAGGGGACCCAAGCUUGUCCCCUGUCACGUGGAGUGUCACAGGGAAGUACCUGGCCGCUGCUAUGGAGAAGAUGGUCAACAUCUGGCAAGUCAAUGGAGGAAAGGGCCUGCUGGAUAUCCAGCCCCACUGGGUGUCGGCAAUGACCUGGCCUGAGAAAGAGUCCAGCUGGUCUGGAGAACCUCUGGAGGUCCUGCUGGUGGGCCGCAUGGAUGGCUCUCUUGGCCUUAUUGAGGUGGUGGAUGCCUCAACCAUGCAACGGGUGGAACUGGAGCAUUGCUAUAGGAAAGAUGUGGCUGUCAUGCACAUUGCUUGGUAUAGUGAGGACAAGCCUUUUGCUGUUGGCUAUGCUGAUGGGAAACUUCUGAUUGGAUCCAAAGAGCCUCUGGAGAAAGGAGCCGUUGUGGUUAUUGAUGCACAUAAAGAGUCCAUCACGUGUAUGAGGUGGGACCCCAGCGGUCAGAUACUGCUGACUUGUGCCAGGGAGGAGACUGUGAAGAUGUGGGUGUGUUCUGUGCCAGGAGGGACCUGGUUGUGUCUGCAAGCUCUGAUGCAUCCCGCGGUGGUCAAUAGCAUUGCCUGGUGUCCAUUGCCAGGACAGAGCCCCAGGGCCCUUAACAUGCUGGCCACAUGCUGCCAAAAUGGCUUGGUGUGUGUGUGGACUCUUCCUGUGGACAGUAUCCCUGAGCCAAGCUCCAGUGGCUCUGAUGGGUUCUGGGACAUGGACCCAAAAUCAAAGCUGAAGGUAUGGGAGCACUGUUGCAGAAGAUUGGAUGGUGCUACAUGCGUCUUUCAGCUCAAGGGGCACAUCACAUCAGUUCGGACUGUGGCGUUCAGUCCUGAUGGGCUGGCUUUGGUUUCGGGGGGCACUGGGGGCCUCCUGAACAUCUGGUCCUUGCGGGAUGGCUCUGUGCUGCAGACUGUGGUGGCUGGCUCUGGUGCCAUUCAAAACAUUAUUUGGAUACCAGAUGUGGGGGUGGCUGUGUGCUCCAACAGAUCAAAGGAUGUGCUUGUUGUGAACUGUACAUCAGAGUUCAUGUCCACAAACCAUAUCCUAGCGACAUGCAGAACAGCCCUUAAGAAGCAGGGGGUUGUGGGACUGAACAUGGCACCCUGCAUGAGAGCUUUCCUGGAGAGACUCCCAGUAAUGCUGCAAGAACAGUAUGCUUAUGAGAAGCCUGAGGUGGUCUGUGGUGAGCAGCUUGUCCAUACUCCCUACAUGCAAUGCCUAGCAUCCUUGGCGGUGGGCCUCCAGCUGGACCAGCUCCUAUGCAAACCCCCACUUCCACCCCAUCUGUCCCACUGCCCAGUAGACCAAGGCACCUGGAAUCCCAGUGAGUGGGCCUGGCUUGACUGCUUCUCCACCACAGUCAAAGCUGCAGAGGCCCUAGCCCGUGGCACUGUCUUCCCAGAGUCCUUUGCAGUGCCAGACCUGGAGCCAGUACCAAGGGAAGAGCUUGCAUUGCUCAUGGACAAUAGUAAAUGGAUGUCAGGAAUGGAUGAGCAGAUUAUGUCUUGGGCCAUCUCCAGACCUGAGGAUUGGCACCUGGGAGGGAAGUGCGAUGUGUACCUGUGGGGUGCAGGUCGCCAUGGGCAGCUUGCUGAGGCUGGGAGGAACAUCCUGGUGCCAACCAUAGCUGCGUCCUUCUCACAGGCCCAGCAGGUGGUCUGUGGGCAGAACUGCACCUUUGUGAUCCAGGCCAACGGCACAGUGCUGGCCUGUGGAGAGGGCAGCUAUGGCCGCCUGGGCCAGGGUAACUCUGACGACCUGCACGUGCUCACGGUCAUCUCUGCCUUGCAAGGCUUUGUGGUGACUCAGCUAGUGACCUCGUGUGGCUCAGACGGUCACUCCAUGGCACUGACAGAGAGUGGCGAGGUGUUCAGCUGGGGCGACGGGGACUACGGCAAGCUGGGCCAUGGGAACAGUGACCGCCAGCGCCGUCCGCGGCAAAUAGAGGCCCUGCAGGGGGAGGAGGUGGUUCAGAUGUCAUGUGGAUUCAAGCAUUCCGCAGUGGUUACCGCAGAUGGGAAACUUUUCUCUUUCGGCAAUGGAGACUAUGGGCGUCUGGGCUUGGGGAAUACGUCCAACAAGAAAUAUCCAGAGAGGGUUAUGGCACUUGAGGGUUACCAAGUUGGACAGGUGGCCUGUGGUCUGAAUCACACCCUAGCUGUUUCUGCUGAUGGGAUGAUGGUGUGGGCCUUUGGGGAUGGAGACUAUGGGAAACUUGGAUUGGGAAAUUCAACAGCAAAGUCAUCCCCGCAGAAAGUGGAUGUCCUCUGUGGUAUUGGGAUUAAAAAGGUCUGCUGUGGCACCCAGUUCUCCGUUGCUCUGACAAAGGAUGGAAACGUUUACACAUUUGGACAAGACCGCUUGAUUGGCCUACCUGAAGGAAGGGCACGAAAUCACAACAGACCCCAGCAGGUUCCUGCCCUCUCGGGGGUCUUCAUCGAAGACAUUGCAGUUGGGGCAGAGCACACGCUAGCUCUGUCCUCCACUGGGGAUGUUUAUUCCUGGGGUAGCAACUCUGAGGGUCAGCUAGGACUGGGUCAUACCAACCAUGUGCGUGAGCCCACUCUGGUGACUUCACUGCAGGGAAAGAACAUCCACCAGAUCUCCGCUGGCCGCUGUCACAGUGCAGCCUGGACUGCCCCGUCUGUCCCACCAAGAGCCCCUGGCUCCUCUGUGCCCCUACAGCUGGGUCUGCCCGUGGCUGUGCCCCCCCAGUACAGCGCCCUGAAAGAGGUCAGCAUGGAAGUGGUCCGUGCCAGGCUCCGCCUGCUCUAUCAUUUUUCAGACCUCAUGUACUCAUCGUGGCGGCUCCUCAACCUCAGCCCCAACAACCAGAGCUGCACAUCACAUUACAAUGUGGGCACCUGGGGAAUCGUCCAAGGGCAACUGAGACCCUUGCUGGCUCCCCGAGUCUACACCCUACCCAUGGUCCGCUCUAUCGGCAAAACUAUGGUGCAGGGCAAGAACUACGGCCCGCAGAUCACCGUCAAGCGGAUAUCCACUAGGGGACGGAAGUGUAAGCCCAUCUUUGUGCAGAUUGCCCGCCAGGUUGUGAAGCUCAAUGCCUCAGACCUGCGGUUGCCCUCUCGUGCCUGGAAGGUGAAGCUGGUGGGAGAGGGGGCAGAUGACGCUGGUGGAGUGUUUGAUGACACCAUCACAGAGAUGUGCCAGGAGCUUGAGACAGGAGUUGUGGACCUGCUUAUUCCCUCCCCUAAUGCCACAGCCGAAGUUGGCUACAACCGAGACAGGUUUCUUUUCAACCCCUCUGCCUGCCUUGACGAGCAUCUCCUGCAGUUCAAGUUUCUGGGCAUCCUAAUGGGAGUUGCCAUUCGCACUAAGAAACCCCUGGACCUUCACCUGGCCCCCAUGGUGUGGAAGCAGCUUUGCUGCAUCCCUUUGCUUCUGGAGGACUUGGAGGAGGUGGACCUACUCUACGUUCAGACCCUCAACAGCAUUCUUCACAUUGAAGACAGUGGGAUUACUGAGGAAAAUUUCCAUGAGAUGAUUCCUCUCGACUCCUUCGUGGGCCAGAGUGCCGAUGGGAAGAUGGUGCCCAUAAUCCCGGGAGGAAACAGCAUCCCCCUCACUUUCGCCAACAGGAAGGAGUACGUGGACCGUGCCAUUGAGUAUAGGCUCCAUGAGAUGGAUCGCCAGGUGGCCGCAGUGCGAGAGGGCAUGUCCUGGAUCGUGCCUGUGCCCUUGUUGUCCUUCCUCACAGCUAAGCAGCUGGAGCAAAUGGUUUGCGGGAUGCCCGAGAUCUCGGUGGAUGUGCUGAAGAAGGUGGUCCGAUACCGUGAGGUGGAUGAGCAGCACCAGCUGAUCCAGUGGUUCUGGCAGACCCUGGAGGAGUUCUCCAACGAGGAGCGCGUGCUCUUCAUGCGUUUCGUGUCGGGUCGGUCCCGCCUGCCUGCCAAUACCGCUGACAUCUCGCAGAGGUUCCAGAUCAUGAAAGUUGACAGGCCAUACGACAGCCUGCCCACCUCUCAGACCUGCUUCUUUCAGCUGCGCCUUCCUCCUUACUCCAGCCAGUCCCUUAUGGCCGAGCGACUGCGCUACGCUAUCAACAACUGUCGCUCCAUCGACAUGGACAACUACAUGCUCUCCCGCAAUGUGGACAACACAGAGGGCUCAGACACAGACUACUGAUGACAACACAUGAUCAAAAUCGAUGCCCUGCUAAACCUUGAUCCUGGUGGGGUAGAUGUUAAAAUCCAGACCACUCUCUGGUUUAUCAAUAAAGUAGGAAAUCUAGAGCAAAAAAAUUUACAAAAACGGCCACUUUUUAAGUAUUCAAUGUACUUGCAAAUGUAAUCACUUUGAGUGUUUUUAUUUUACCUUGUGGUGUAUUAGAAGUUUAAACAAUCACCAUGAGCAGUGCAUUUUUUUUUUUUUCUUCAUCCUAUUUUUAGGGUUAUUUUUAAAGUUUGCAUGAAGGUCUGGUUCAUUUGGAAAUGUGCUUAGAACAUCAAGUACAAUGAAAAAUAAAAUGAAAAACAAUUGUACAUUGUGUAUAAUGUUUCAUUGGGGGGAGUUUUACAUAAAUAUUCAUAUUUAUUUUGUUUUAAUUUUGAAUUGCCAAUGCUGUUUCCUACUGCAAAAACAAAAACCCUCAAUAAAUGCUUCAGUUCUA